AUGGCCACCAUCCAGUCAGAGACUGACUGUUAUGACAUCAUUGAAGUCCUGGGCAAGGGCACUUUUGGAGAGGUGGCCAAGGGCUGGCGUCGGAGUACUGGUGAAAUGGUGGCCAUCAAGAUUCUGAAGAAUGACGCGUACCGAAGCCGCAUCAUCAAGAACGAGCUGAAGCUGCUGCGCUGCGUGCGAGGCCUGGACCCCGAUGAGGCCCACGUUAUCCGCUUCCUUGAGUUCUUCCACGAUGCCCUCAAGUUCUACCUGGUCUUUGAGCUACUGGAGCAAAACCUCUUCGAGUUCCAGAAAGAGAACAACUUUGCACCCCUUCCUGCCAGGCACAUCCGCACUGUCACGCUGCAGGUACUGAGAGCGCUGGCCCGGCUCAAGGAGCUGGCCAUCAUCCACGCUGACCUCAAGCCUGAAAACAUUAUGUUGGUAGACCAGACCCGCUGUCCCUUCAGGGUCAAGGUGAUCGACUUUGGCUCGGCCAGCAUAUUCAGUGAGGUGCGCUAUGUGAAGGAGCCUUACAUCCAGUCCCGCUUCUACAGGGCCCCAGAGAUCCUGCUGGGGCUGCCCUUCUGUGAGAAGGUGGAUGUGUGGUCACUGGGCUGUGUCAUGGCCGAGCUACAUCUGGGCUGGCCUCUCUACCCAGGCAACAAUGAGUAUGACCAGGUGCGCUACAUCUGUGAGACCCAGGGCUUACCCAAGCCCCAUCUGCUGCAUGCGGCCCGCAAGGCUCACCACUUCUUCAAGCGUAACCCCCACCCCGAUGCCACCAGCCCCUGGCAGUUGAAGUCCUCUGCUGACUACCUAGCUGAGACCAAGGUACGUCCUCUGGAGCGCCGCAAGUAUGUGCUCAAAUCCUUGGACCAGAUUGAGACCGUGAAUGGUGGUGGGGCUGUGAGCCGGUUGAGUUUUCCAGACCGGGAGGCCCUGGCGGAACACGCAGACCUCAAGAGCAUGGUGGAGCUUAUCAAACGCAUGCUGACAUGGGAGUCGCACGAACGCAUCAGUCCCAGCGCGGCCCUGCGCCACCCCUUUGUGUCCAUGCAGCAGCUGCGGAGUGCCCACGAGGCCACCCGCUACUACCAGCUGUCACUCCAAGGCUGUCGGCUGUCCCUGCAGGUGGAUGGCAAGCCACCCCCACCCGUCAUAGCCAGCGCAGAGGACGGGCCUCCCUACUACCGCCUGGCUGAGGAGGAGGAGACUGCAGGCCUGGGUGAUGUGACGGGCAGUGGGUACUUCUUCAGGGAGGACAAGGCUCCGGGAAUGCAGAUGGCCAUCGACCAGCUCGAUGACCUGAGUCUGCAGGAGGCCAGACGGGGGCUGUGGAGCGACACACGGGCCGACAUGGUCUCCGACAUGCUGGCUCCACUCAAAGUGGCCGGUACCAGCCAUCGAGUCCCCGACUCAGGCCCAGAACCUAUCCUGGCCUUCUAUGGCAGCCGCUUGACUGGCCGCCAUAAGGCCCGCAAGGGCCCAGCAGGCUCCAAAUCUGACUCCAACUUCAGUAACCUCAUUCGGCUGAGCCAGGCCUCACCUGAGGAUGCCGGGCCCUGUCGGGGCAGUGGCUGGGAGGAAGGAGAAGGCCGCACGACCUCCACAGAGCCAUCUGUCAUCCCACAACGGGAAGGAGAUGGGCCCGGCAUCAAAGACAGGCCCAUGGAUGCCGAGAGGUCAGGCCCUGAGCUCUUCGAUCCCAGCAGCUGUCCUGGAGAGUGGCUGAAUGAGCCAGAAUGGACCCUAGAGGGCAUCCGGGGGUCUCGAGCUCAAGGGCUCCCAGCUCGCCAUCCCCACCCACACGGGCCACCCAGGACCACCAGCUUUCUGCAGCAUGUUGGAGGGCACCACUGA